CCGAAUCCUCCAGCUUCUUGUCCGUUCUCGGCUACAUGCGGAUCGGCGUUCUCGCAGGGAUGGACAUGGCGUACGUUUCUAUCAGUCACUUCUGGGUCCGGAAUCCGUUCCCCUACCUGUGGGUAAAGGACGUCAAUGUCGAAACGGAAUUCUUCAAUCCGCACAAAACCCGAGGGAUGGACUUGUUAGCCGUGAAAGGAUCGAACCGCGGGUUGCUGUUUUUGACCGAUUUGUUGUCCCUGGUUUACUUCUUCCCAUUCACGUACUUACCGCGGGCUUUAGACCGGCUCUGUUUCGGCCCCUUCAUGACGGAUCGGGUGCCGACGGUUUCCUUCGCAGAGGACGAUUUUC